AUGCCUCCAACGGCGGUACGCGUCGAAGGAAGUAAGCUAUGGAUCUCCACGAGGGAGGAUCCGGACUACACUCAGCCACCAACGAGCCGUAGACAGCGAGAACGGAGCCUCAGCACCGCAUCACGUCCGGUGAUCCAUCGGUGGGCAUGUACGAGAACGGAUACAUCGACUCCACUGCGUCCUAGGCUCGAGGUGAUGUACACAAGGCCAGAGGUCACGAGGCAGCCUCCCUUAGACCAUGCUCCGAGCUUCUGUGACCGGCUCAAGGCACGAUCUGGUGUGCCGGUCACCGUGACUAGCCGAAAAGCUGUGGACCGUGGCAGGGAGACCACGGCAAGGGACUGA